CUUAAAUUCUUCAUCUUCUGACCUUUUCACAUUCCAUCAUACUCCAAAAUGGCCGAUUCACCUACCUUGGAUUCAGAUCCUGACAAGAAAUCUCAUAUCUCACUUCAAGCUAUCAAUACACCUAACCUCGAACCAACCGAUGUGCCAGCUUGGGACUCGAAAUUGCUUAUCGUCGCUCAUCGUCAAUACGGUCCAGUCGCAGGAAUGCUGUGGGUAGCUGAAGCAGGACUUUUGAUAUGGUUUAUUGGGAUCUGGAAGGUGGUUUUGACUCAACCCGCCAAAUUAUUCACAUUCCAUCCGUUGCUUCAAUCUUUUGCUAUCCUCUCUUUCUACCAAGGCAUCUUGGUCUUACAGCCCACUAAGACUCCCGCACAGAAGCGCGCAGGUUUGAGUGUGCAUGAGGUUUUUCAAAUUACUGGAGCCGUAGCCAUCACUGCCGGCACGGUCAUCAUGAUCGUCAACAAGUUACUUCAUAAUUCUCCCCAUUUCAAGUCUUGGCAUGGCCUCCUAGGUUUCAUCACAGCAUGCCUACUCGUCAUUCAAUCUUGCUUUGGUGGGCUGAUAGGUUUCGAAUGGAGUAGGAAAUUGAUCUUGGGCGAAAGUAGGGCAAGGAGUUUGUGGAAAUAUCAUCGGGCGUCUGGAUAUAUUUUAAUAAUCCUUAUCACUCUCACCUUUUUAACAGCAACCAAAAGUGAAUGGUUUAAAAUGGUCUCGUCAACAAGCGAGCGAUAUGUUCUUGCGUGUGCAUCAAUUGUUUCUGCUGUUGGCUUGCUUGCUCGUACAAACAUUCGUAAGAUCAUACCUGCAAGAGCUCGAGCUUCCUAAAUCAAACUCUAUUCCGACUGUUUUUUACAAGAGACUGUGUCCUCUGCUCAGAAAUACUUCUUUCACAAUUUUAUACAUGAUAAGUAUGUUUUUUGUUUUGACUUCGAGUAUUGCAACAUCAACAUUUCUUAUCGAUCAUCAACCUUCUCGAUUCUUGUGUAUUUCUACUCCAACUUUUUUGUAAAUCACCCCUGUUUGGCAAAUGCUCGGGCUCAGACUGGUAGGAGCAGAUAUUCACAAUGGAACUCUGGAGUUUCACUGCUAGCACGCGAUCAAAGUAAUAAGAACAGUUGGGUAGUUGCCAUCAGUUC